CGGAAAACACGCUUUUCUCCUGUUCCCGCCGCAUUCCGCGUUCUAAUUGAUUUAUUAGUCAUCCAACCACUAGGAUUAAUUUUCACUCUACCUUUGUGACGUAAUAAUCUGAUACUGCGUUAAUUGUUGCGAAAGUGAACGGUUUUGCUAGUGAAACGUUGAAGGAUGAUCACGAGCUCGUCUGUGGUGAUUUCCUUCGAAAGCCCAGUCUGUGCGUGAGGAAUCGUUGAAUUCGUGCGGAAGCGGGUUCUGCGAGGACUCUGUACAUUCCUGCACCAUCGCUGGUCUGAACUAACAUCCCUAGCGUAGCGUGUAUAGUUAUACUGCCCCUGAAAGUGAUCUGCGAUGGGUUCGUACCUGUCUUCACCCGUUCGCGACAAGCAUUCCGAGGACGCCACGGGCGCCAGCGGACUGCGUAUUGGCACGUGCGAGAUGCAGGGCUGGCGGAUUUCUCAAGAGGACGCUCACCUGGCCCUUCCCGACUUCGACCGGGAGCGGCGCGCCAUGCUGUUCGCCGUGUUCGACGGGCACGGCGGCUCGGAAGUGGCCAAGUACGCCGCGCAGUACCUGCCCAACCAUCUGAAGUCCCUGGCCAAGUAUCAGGAGGGCAAGUACGAGGAGGCCCUGGAGGAGGCCUUCCUCUCCUUCGACGCCACCCUCAAGGAGCCCCACGUCCAGAAGAUCCUGCGCGCCCUCUCCAAGGACGACUCCGACAAUGAGGCCCACGCAUCCGAGGGCAGUUCGGACGACGAAGACCUGGCCGGGCUGAUUGACGACGCGGACACGCCGAUCGACGAGCUGGCGCUGCGCUACCCGGCGGCGACGCUGCAGCGCAUGCUGCAGGGCCGCAUGGACGUGACCAGUCUGCUGCAGAACAUGGCCGAGCGCAUGACGGAGGAGGAGGAGUCGGAGAGCGAGGACAGCGAGGAAGAGGAGGGGGACGACGAGGACAGUGAGGAUGACGCCAAGGAGGACGUGGAUUCGCAGGCCGAGCUCACCGAGUCGCAGUCAGAGGAUGAGGAGCACAAGGACAAGGAUAAGAACGGGCCGGCCAAGAACAAGAAGAAGGCCAACGUCCGUCUGGAGCAUCUCCACGAGGGCGCCGGCGAAGCUGGCGACACUGCUGCCAGCGGAGUGAAUGGUCCAACUUCGGCUGUAAAGGAAGAUGACAAACAGACUGUUGUGAAUGAAGUGAACGGACCCACUACCUCGGAGGAAAAGAAAACAGACGAAAAUGAAAAAAGCGCGCGGGAUGAGGUGGACGCGGCGACGGCUAAACCAUCCGCGGAGAAAGUGGACGCACCGCAUCUGGAGAACGUGCAGGCCGGCGGGGGGUCCGGGGAUUUGGCGGUGUCGGCGGCCGCCGCGGCCCGGCCGACGUUGAUCUCAUCGGUGGAGACGAGCGUGAUCGUCAGCGUGGGCAAUCCGCCGCCCGUGCACAAGCCCAACAUCCGCCCGGCGGUCAUCCCGCACUCGCGCAUCAUCGACGACGACGCCGCCGCUUCGUCGUCCUCCGCUGCGGGAGCGGGGGCUCCGUCCAGUUCCGGGGGUGAAGGGGACGCCGAGGCCGACACCGCGGACGAUGAUUACGAUCCGCAUUGCGACGAGGAGAUGGAGGAUGAGGACGACGAGGAGGAGGAGGAAAUGCAUCCGGCGGUGGCGCGUCGUCUGCAGUUGCAGAGUGAAUUUCUGGAGUGGAGCGGCGGCGGUCGCGCGGUGCCGGGCUACGAUAGUGGCGCGACGGCCUGCGUGGCGCUGGUGGUGGACAACGUGCUGUACGUGGCCAACGUGGGCGACUCGCGGUGUGUCGUGUCGAAGAUGGGCGAGGCCAUCGAGAUGUCGCACGACCACAAGCCGGAGGACGCCCUGGAGACCGAGCGGAUUAAUCGCGCCGGAGGGAAGGUCACCGCCGACGGCCGCGUCAACAAUGGUCUCAAUCUCAGCCGGGCGCUCGGCGAUCACAGCUACAAGCGGAACGAGAGCCUGUCUCUGGCCGAGCAGAUGAUCUCGGCCAAGCCGGACGUGCGCAAGUUGGAGCUGACCAGCGAGUUCCAGUACAUCAUGAUCGCCUGCGACGGCAUCUGGAAUUCCAUGGGCAGUCAGACCGCCGUGCAGUUCGUCGGCGAGCAUCUCUUCGAGCACAAAGAGCGCAACUUGUCCAAGACCUGCGAAGAGCUGUUCGACACGAUCCUGGCCCCGCACUCGGGCGGCGACGGCACCGGGAUGGACAACAUGACCUGCAUCAUCAUCCAGCUGCCGGGCGACGGCCUGACCACGCUGCCCGCCCCCACCAACGGCGUCCACGCCCAGCAACCCACCGCCACGCCCACCGUCAACGGCGCCGCCACGGCGAGCACGCUGAAACGUCCCGCCUCCGAGGAGCGCGAGGAAGCCGCCGACGCCGGCGUCAAGAAGGCCAAGGUGGACGCGGAGAACGGCGCCACCACCGCAAACGAGUCCAGCGUGUAACCGCCGCGCGCGGGCGGGCGCCGCGGGCGACAGAGUAUUCCGCAGAGUUUUUUUCUUUUUCGGCGCUUUUUCUCUCGCGUUUUUUGGUUAAUUUUUGUGUGGGGAUGUUGGUUGGCCGAUGGAGCUGGUAGUCAGAAGAAAAAGGAAUUUUCGAGGAUUACAAGAGAUUUGGUUUUUUCUGUGUCGCGUCCGUUUUAUUUUUCGCGCAGAUUAUGGUGGUGUUUAUUGCGGCGGAUUUGUUUUGGCAUCA